ACUAUAAAGUUUGUAGCUUAUAAGAAGACCGUUAAACAUGCAAAGAAAUUAAAAUCGUAUGAAAGAAGCAUGAAGCUAAGGCAACGGCUAUAAUUCCGCUCUCUUUCCCAUCCAUCCAUUCUUCCACAGUUUUAGCUGAACCUUCAAAACCGCUCCUCCAUCAAUCCCAUAAAGUUGUAUUAUUAUUGUCUCAUAAGUUCCUUUGAAUAUCCUGCAUGCCGGAAUGAGGCAAAAAUUGUCGAGGAAUAAAUUAUCAGUUUUCCACUACCUCCGAAAAAUGCCGAGGAAUUGAAACGAUAGUUUUAUUCCUCGGCAAUUUUAUGCCAGUACUGUCGUUUGUUAUCAUGUUUGCUGAUAUAAGAUCAGUUUCGGCACCCAUUUGAAUUCCGAUUCUUCCCCUUUUUGUUAAAUAAAAUACAAAAUUUUGUAGCCUAAAUUUUCUUUUGGGGGGGUCGGGGGGAUCUUGAAUCCGAGCAGAUUUUAUGAAAAUCCAUUUACAUAUUGGGAAAGCUGCUGCGAGAUUUCAUCUUGUUUUCGAGCUUUCAAGUCUCUCCCUCGGAGGCAACCCGAAGAUUAAGGCUAUAGAUUAUCAAGAUUGGUGAGUAAAUACAUAUACAUAAUCAAAAUGUCUGCUGUUGACAUUGCUAUGAGUCCAAUCUUGGACGGGACAACACAAUAUGCCGGUUGUUUUAAGGACCGGCUUGAUCUUUGCUCUAGUGAAUCUAUCAAGAUCUACAUCACCGUUGGGGGUUCCUCGACCCCCAUGCGUAUGAUGGAGUCAGAUUCCAUUGCAUCAGUGAAGCUUAGGAUACAGGAAUGUAAAGGUUUUGUAGUGAAGAGUCAGAAGCUAGUUUUUGGAGGCAGGGAACUCUCAAGGACUAAUUCUCUUGUCAAAGAUUAUGGCAUCGGAGAUGGGAAUGCCUUACAUUUGGCACUGAGGGUCUCGGAUAUUCUGAUGAUCAAUGUUAGGACGGCAUGUGGGGAAGAAUUCGAGUUCCAAGUUGAUAAGCACAGAAACGUAGGGUAUCUAAAGCGUAGGAUUGCUAAGAAGGGGAAAGGGUUUCAUGAUGUACAUCCGGAGAUAUUCUGUCACGGAGUGAAGCUUCAAGAUGAUGACAGGCUAAUCGGUGAUCUGAGUAACAGUAGUGAUGCUGUCCUUCACUUGGUGGUGCACAAGUAUGCUGAGGUUUGGAGCAAGACCGUUGAGAGAGAUGUCGAGCUCUCCAUUACCUCUCCAGAUUCGAACAACAGGAUGGAAGGGAUCUGUGAGGAGAAGAGUAAAGGUAGGUCGAUUUUAUCAAGGACACUGCUAGGCCAAGAUUUUUUCUUGAAACCAGUUAUAGUGAGUCCAAGUGUCGAGUUUCCUCACUUCUUGUGGAAGAUGGCGCAGUCUGUUUCGGACGGGUUAGCACUAGGCAGACAGCCGGUUAGGUCAUCCGAGGGCACGGGUGGGACUUACUUCAUGCAAGAUGCUACAGGAGACAAGUAUGUCGCCAUCUUUAAGCCCAUAGACGAGGAGCCUCUGGCUUUAAAUAACCCUCAAGGCCUGCCCCCUUCACUAGACGGAAUAGGGUUGAAGAGGGGCACCCGAGUUGGGGAGGGCGCGUGGAGGGAAGUGGCAGCAUAUAUACUGGACCAUCCAUGUGAGGGUAGUCCUCAGUCGUUGUUUCGUGCAGAAGUUGGUUUUGCUGGAGUGCCCCCUACGAUGAUGGUGCACUGCUUGCACAAAGGGUUUAACCAUCCGAAUGGAUUUUAUUGCUCUAGUGAGCAAGUUAAGACCGGAUCACUGCAGAUGUUUAGGAAGAAUCAUGGAAGCUGUGAAGACAUGGGCCCUCGGGAUUUUCCUGUUGAUGAAGUCCACAAGAUCUGUGUCCUUGACAUAAGAGUAGCCAAUGCAGACAGGCAUGCUGGAAACAUCUUGCUUCACAAAGAUCCAGGAAACGGAAGAAUUACCCUCACUCCGAUUGAUCAUGGCUACUGCUUGCCUGAAAACUUUGAGGACUGCACAUUCGAAUGGCUAUACUGGCCACAAGCCAGGCAGCCAUUCUCUCGGAAGACGUUGGACUACAUAAAAUCACUUGAUGCCGAGAAAGAUAUAGCAGUCCUCCAAUUCUAUGGAUUGGAUCUUUCCCCUGAGGUUGCUCGCACGCUCCGUGUCUCCACCAUGCUUCUGAAAAAAGGGGCGGAGAGAGGCCUUACGGCUUUCGCAAUAGGAAGCAUCAUGUGCAGAGAGAACUUGAACAAGAAAUCUGUGAUAGAGAAGAUUGUGCAGGAGGCCAAGGAUACGGUGCUUCCAGGAAUGAGCGAAGCUGUGUUUCUUGAAACCGUAUCAGAGGUCAUGGACUCGACACUUGACAAACUCCUCUGAGUAAUCUUAAUAGUUUUAUUAUAUAGCUACGUAAAUGAAGUUGUGUGCCGAUAACAAAGAGAGAUAAAUCACUCUUUGGGCCUUUUUGUUAGUUGGUUCCAACUCGUCUUCUUUCUUUGUGUGUGGUCAGUUACAUUGAACAGAAGCUGCAAGAUAAUGAAUAAUUAUUAGAUUAUUAUGGUCAAUCUCUCCCCAUUUCAAUGUAUUUGGAAAUCCUGAGCUAUUGAUGAUUUCGAAAGUGGCAGCUUUGCA